AAGAAGCAGUUCGUCGCUCGCCAAAGCAUUUCUGUUGUGGUUGUGACCGUGAACGCACCGCAAAAGACAAGGCCAAGGACAGUGUCAGUGUCGAGAGACAGUUCACAUCAUCAUCGUCAGCGAGAACGCCGUCUGCAUCCUCGGCCAGUGCUGCGCUCCGGAAGGAAGUUCAAGGGUCCACAUUCCAUAUUUGAAAACCUAGACCAGAUAGACCAUGAGCUGGCCCAGAAGACUGCUUUUCGCCAUGCUAGUCGUAGCGGCGUACACUCACGGCCUCGGCGAAGAUGUGGACGCGGAAAUCGUCGAAGCUCCAGAUAAGUUACCGGCACCGCCUCCGAGCCCUUUGGAUGACUGCGAUCCGGAACUCAUCGGAUUCGAGUUAAUAACCGGUUACGUGUUUUCCGCUCCGGGAAACGUACUCGAUUCGAUACCGGGCACUCUGAUGCUCACCGAUUGUUUAGAAACGUGCCAAGGAAACGACUCGUGCCAGUCGGUCAACUACGAGACCGGACUAUGCGUACUUUUCAGUUCCAACGCUGAUGUCUUGCCAGGAGCCCUCACCAAGUCGCAAUUCCCUGUCUUCACAAUCUACGCUCAGAAGAACUGUCUCGGCGUGAAACCGUGCGAGAGGGCUUGGUGCAUCGAUAGAGUGCAAAACUACAAACUCCAAGGAUACACCAGGAGCAAACUGACGGCUGCCACGAGACAAGAAUGUCUUGAAAUGUGUCUUGGCGAAACCGAAUUCAAUUGCAGAUCGGCGAACUACAAUAACGCAACAGGCGAUUGUGAACUAUCAGCUUUAGAUAGGCUCACCCUCGCUGGAAGUUCCGCCUUCCUAGCCGCUGAUGGAUACGACUACAUGGAAAAUAAUUGCGUCGAAGAGCCUUCCAAACUCUGUGAAUUCAAGAAAUUGAACGGCAGAAUACUCAAAACCGUCGACUCGGUCUACCAAGACGUCGGGUCGGUUGAUGAAUGCAGAGAGUUGUGUCUCAACUCGCCCUACAGGUGUCAUUCGUACGAUUACGGUGACACGGGAGAGAUGGUCUGCAGGCUCAGUCAUCACUCGCGUGCCACUCUUGCAGACAUACAGGAUCCUUAUUUGGAGGUCCCCGAGGCGGCAACGUACGAAUUGAGCUCGUGCUACAACGUUAGUAUAGACUGUCGGUCGGGAGACAUGGUGGCUCGGAUACAAACAUCCAAGCUUUUCGAUGGAAAAAUCUACGCUAAAGGAAGUCCAAAUUCUUGCGUACGCGACGUCAAUAAUAGCCUCGAAUUUGAAUUAUCGAUGGCUUACGACAAUUUAGAGUGUAACGUGCGGAAAAAUGGACUUGGGAGAUAUAUCAACGACGUGGUGAUUCAACAUCAUGACAAGAUAGUCACCAGCUCAGACCUCGGACUUGCCGUGACAUGCCAGUACGACCUAACUAACAAAAGUGUGACCAAUGAAGUCGAUUUAGGUGUCCACGGAGACAUCCAACCGGCCCUCUCUGAAGAAGUCACCGUCGACUCUCCUAACGUUGCAAUGAAGAUCACCGAUCGCUCCGGUGGAGAUGUCAUGCCAUCAGCUGAAGUCGGCGAUCCUCUAGCCCUUCGUUUCGAAAUCAUGGAUAAGAACAGCCCUUACGAAAUCUUCGUCAGAGAAUUGGUAGCGAUGGAUGGUGUUGACUCCAGCGAAAUCGUUCUUAUAGACUCGGAUGGGUGUCCCACCGAUCAUUUCAUCAUGGGUCCUAUUUACAAAUCAGCCGAAUCUGGCAAGAUUCUCUUGUCGCACUUCGACGCCUUCAAGUUCCCGUCGUCCGAAGUGGUCCAAUUUCGCGCGUUGGUAACCCCCUGUAUGCCCACUUGCGAGCCUGUGCAAUGCGACCAGGAGGAAUCCUCCGGUGACCUUCGCUCUGUUGUCUCCUACGGUCGACGUCGCCGUCGCCGCUCCACCGACCCCCACGACGACCUCCUCCUCGUCCAAUCCAUCCAAAUCACCGACAAAUUCGGCUUCGAACGCGACGCCAACAGAUCCCUGGACUCUGAGGCCGUCUUCAUCCCCAACGAGUCCGGCGUAUGCAUAAACAUGGCCGGUUUGAUCGUCGCCGGUGCUGUUUUUCUCUCGGCCCAACUCCUCAUCAUUGCCUUGUGGACCUUUAUCUGGCAAAGGCGAAGGUCCAACAAACUCAACGACGGAAUGUCAGUCAGCGUGAGCUUGCCCUCGGGACUGAGCUCCGGCCGUACCGACAGCCUUUGCAAACUCUACGAAUCCGGUUAUAACCACUCCCGCCGCUUCUAACCGAAAUCGCGUGUGAUAUUAUUGUACAGCGCCGUACGGACCCUAACUCGCGCGUAAAUAUACCUGCGAUUUUUCGGGACGUGUCGAGAGCGGCUAUCGACGUUUUAGUCGCGGACGCGUCGUCGAAAUCUCUUCUGUAUUGCAAUGCCAGAUCUUAAAACACCGCAAACGUAUUAGAAUAAUACUCGUUUAGGUAAUUUUAUUUAAAAAAUUCUCAUAGGAAAAAUCUUUAGUAACGUUUUGCAGUUUGUGUUAAGCUUGAGGUUCAGGUCAGCGUUUAAUUUUUUUGUGAAACGUUACUCUUUUUUUCUAUUAAAGGGGCGAGACGCACGAAUGGACUCUAGGACGAUCUAGCGUGAAUGAAUCUAUAUUUUAUUUUUUUAUAAUUAACUCAUUUAUUUUUUAAUUAUUCAACUGCAAUAUGGACGAAUGGUGACGAAUGAAUGCUAUUUAAAACUGCUUGUCCUAGUUUCUUGAGUGCAACGUCUGGACGAUUUUGCUCAUCGACUUGCAAAAUCAUCCAUGCUUAAUCGCCUUUAAAUAAUUUUUAACAAAUACCAUAUAUUUUUUAUAUUUAGGUAAUUAUUAUAAUUUUAUACUAUUUAUAAGUUAUGCGCUGAAUGUAUUCAGUUAUAAAUUCUGACUUUUCUAAAUAUAUGAAUUGAAUGAGA